UCAACACUUUAUGAAAAUAUGGCGGCACCCAUAGUGUAUUUAGAUUGAAAUGGAUUGUGGAUGAAACUUAAAGGAUGGGGGAGUUUGUGGGAAGUAAAGUUUUCCAGGCGAUGGAAAACAUCGAUGUCUCUGCAUUGAAUAAACUGCGGGAGAAGGAAUUGCGGCCUGUGUUGCCAUGUUUAGUUCGGAUGGCUCUUUGUAAACCACUAGAUGAAAGCGAAUCGUGGUCAGCAGCAAAGAAAAACGUUCUAAAAAUACUCUCCGGUAUUGAGGUUGUUAACAGCAUUGUUGCGUUACUUUCAAUAGAUUUUCACGCUCUGGAGCAAGAUGUGAAUAAAGAACAACAGCUCAGGACAAAGCUGGGAGGAAAUCAGUCUGAGAGUAUCCUGAUAUCUCAGUUACAGAGUGGAGUGGCUCUGGAGUUUGAGAGGAGUGACCCACCUAGGAGACUGAGGCUUCUACUGAGUGAACUCUUGUUUGUCUCAUCUCAGAUCAGAGAGUCAAAAACUGAAUUUUACCAGAAGAGUUCGGAGUUGUUUGAGAGCCUGGUAUAUCUGGAGGAGGUGUCCGAUGUACUCUGUAUAGCCCAGGCAGAGUUGCCUGCCCUUUUGCCGAUUACAGAAGUGGCAGAAACUCUGCUUCAUGUCCCUAAUGGUGGUUGGAUGUUGUGUCGACUCGUGGCCAAUUCUCCUGACUGCUAUAAAGAAGUUUGUACCAGUUUGGUGUCUGGGGGUGACAGGCAGGAUGAGGAAUCCGUGGGAGGGCGGAGGAGGAUAGAGGUGCUCCUAGCACUGGCCAGGAUGAACCCAAAGGAAAUGUACAGCAUCAGGGCACUCUGUGUUGAGAAUUGUAAGAUGCCAGGAUUAGCUGUGGCCUUGACCUUAGAAAUGAACAAAGUAUAUGCCCAAUCAGGAAAUGACAGAUUCCAGGAAGACUCAAACACUGACAUUGUGGGAUUUGUGAGUGGAAUGUUGCUAGGCAACGAUACCAAAGUCAAGGAAUGGUUUGCCCAGUAUGUCAAAGUUGGGCAAAAGUUGAAGAGAGACGCAUCUGUGACCCAGCUUCACAGUCUGAGACUAAGUCUACUGGAACAAAUGAUUUCCAUACUUCCAGAUGGUGGAAGUACAAUUUCCGAGUCUCAGGCCAUUAAAGCCAGUGCUUUUAUACGGCUGUACUGCGCCCUAAAAAGUAUGGCAGCCUUCAAAUUUACGGAUGAAGAGAUGAAGAUUCUGUUGAGACUUAUAACUUCCCACCCUCCGUUAAGUAAAGCCGGUGCUAGAUUUGUCUCCCUUGGGUUGUGCAUGCUGAUAGCCUGUCCGUAUUUACUAGGGAAUGGUGACCAAGAAAAGGUGGCAAUUAAUUGGAUCAAAUGGUCCAUAAACAUGGAGAAGGAAUUUAAACUUGAAGUCUCCAGUGCUUGUUCAUUUGGUGAAAUGUUGUUCCUGAUUGCUAUCCAUUUCCAUAGCAACAACAUGUCAGCCAUCUCUGACCUGGUGUACCUCACCUUGGGGUUAAAGAAUCUAGUGAAAGGAAAUGCACUGACUAGAAUAAGACAGAUAUUUACGUACGAGAUCUUCACAGAACAGGUGAUAACGUCCCAUGCCGUGAAGGUUUCUGUGACAUCAGGUCUGAAUGCCAAUAUGACGGGCUAUCUUCCCAUCAACAGUAUUUAUCAACUACUCCGGAGCAGGUCCUUCUCCAAACACAAAGUACCCAUUAAGGACUGGAUAUAUCGGCAGAUCUGUAACUGCUCAACGCCUCUCCAUCCACUAGUUACCUCCCUUAUAGAUGUUUAUGUCACCUCCAUUGUCAUCAAAAGCACCAAAACUGAUCACCUAAAUGAACCAAUCACAGAGGAGGAAAUCCUCAAUGUUUUCAAAUCCUCAGUGUUUCAUUGGUCGAAAGACAAAUCAGAAGAAGGGGAGGAGUCAUCCAAUCAAAAAUCAGAACUUGCUCCUCAGCUUCUUAUGUUGUACUAUUUACUGCAUUAUGAAGAUGUUGUACUGACACAUAUGAAAUCUCUUGUGAUGGCUAACAGGAAGGUGAAGUCUUAUCCAGAUACGCUGCUGGCUCAGAUCCCCAUCAACUUCCUGUUACAGACAGCGCAGCGAGAGCAGGAACAGUACGCUGGUCUCUUCUCACCACUCCUUAAGUUACUGGUGACCCACUACCCUCACCUGUGUGCAGUGGAGGACUGGCUGCAAGAGAGUAUGAACAGGAACUCCCUGGUGGCUGAGACCUCUGUCAUGUAUAACAUCCCCUGUGACAUUGAGAACUUCAAUGAUGCGCUGAGGAAUCUAACUACUUGUCCAAUGAAGAUGAUUUCUCAGCUACAGGCGAUGCUGAGAAUGUCCGCUCCAGACCUGUUACAAUUUGCAGAACCGGUGGUGGCCUCACUCCCUAUUAUGCUCGAUGAGAUGGUACCCCGAAAAAUUGUGGACCUUGUCAAAAAAGUCUGGUUGCUGCUCCAUGGUGUCUCACCUAGAAGUUUGAGAUUGGCGACCGUGAACUCCCUACGACUGACGGAGAGAACUACCUUUAAGGUGACACCAUACACAGAGAAUGACAUCACAGUAGAUCCACUGAUAAUACUCAGGUGUGAUGAGCGCGUUUUCAGAUGCCCUCCUAUCUUGGAUGUCCUGUUACAUGUACUCUCAGCCUACCUCCAGGCCAGUCGUGUAUACCUACACAAUCACAUGCUCUCAAAUCCCAUCCUGGAGAAUGCCGCCCAGGCAGAACGCGAAAGGCUGGACCUGAAAAAUGCCCUGAUAGCGGCUCAAGAGAGUGCAAUCAUUCAGAUUCUGCUGGAAUGUUGUCUGUCAACAGAUGAGGAACAAAGGGAGGAAGGUUUGUUGAACAAUGUUAGAGAGGUUCAGUGUAUCAUUUGUUCCUUCAUUCAUCAACUCUUCAUUGCUGAACCCCACCUUGCAAAGCUUGUUCACUUUCAGGGCUAUCCAGACACGCUGUUACCAGUGACAACGACUGGUAUUCCCUCCAUACACAUCUGUUUGGACUACAUCCCAGAGAUUUUAAGUCAGCCACAGACAGAGAAACAGAUCUUUGCCAUUAAACUGAUGUCACACCUGUGUUGUCAGUAUGCCUUGCCCAGAUCUCUCAGUGUGGCUAAACUCUGUAUCAACGUCAUGUUUACAAUGAUCGGGGUGUUGGACAGCAAGGAGAGAGUGAAUUUUUUCCUGGAGACUGUUCCGUACCUGACCAAGGUGUGUCGGGCAUUCCCCCCACUGUGUGAAGAUGUCACUUCCUUCCUUCAUCAGAUCGGCCGGGUGUGCAUGUCACACCUGACUGCUGACAGUAAUUUAAUGGAUUCAGAGCUCUCUGACUUGAACAGUUCACAUAUGCCACUUAAAAAGAAACUCAAAUUAGACUCCUCCAAGCAAGAGUUGACAACGAAAUAUCACACUCUGUAUAGUGUGGUACAACAGACAUUUGCUCGGGUUAUUGUCAAAUCACUUGUUACUAAAAACAUAUAUGCAUAGUACAUGUUUAACCAAAUCUGUAUUUUGUAUAUAAAAAUCAAAUGCAGAAUAAAGUGAUAUUUGUAUGAACAUGAUAAAAA